AGUCGGCGCCGCUGCUGUGAUGGCGUCGCGGGCGCUGCGGCCGGAGGCGCAGCCGCUGCGGUGCCAAUAGAGAGCGGAGCGGCCGGGCCGGGCAUGGAAAGCCUGGCGCAGCCCCCGCCGCCCCCGGGCUCGCUGCAGACGGGCGGCGGGGGCGCUGCCAGCCGGCUCCGCCUGGGAGAGGCAGCGGCGGGCGAGGGCGGCUGCAGGGAGGCCAAGGAGGGCGGCGGACGGCGCAGCCCUUCCCCUCCACCGGCCCCCGCUCCCGCCGCGGCCCCUCGGACCGCAUCCCUUUCCCGGGCCGCGGAGGGUGGUGCGGCGGCGGAAGGCGCGGGGCUGGCGGUGCCGGAGAGUCCCGGAGCGGCGCCCGCCUCGGAGAGCGGUCCCGCGGGAGCCGGCUCCGGGAGCAGCGGCGCUCCUAGCCCACCGGGGGAGGAGUCCCGCAGCCUGGACUCGCUGGAGUCCUUCUCCAACCUGCACUCCUGCUGCCCGAGCAGCUCCGAGCUCAACAGCGACGCCGACGAGGCGGUGGUGGCGGGGGCCUCCUCGGAGGGCCCGGCCCCGGAGCCCGAAGAGGACAGGCCGGCGGCGGGCUCCCAGCUUCUCUCCGCUUCAAAGGAGCGCUUCCCGGGGCAGUCGGUCUAUCACAUCAAGUGGGUGCGCUGGAAGGAGGAGAACACGCCCGUCAUCACCCAGAACGAGAAUGGCCCCUGCCCGUUGCUGGCCAUCAUGAACGUGCUGCUCCUGGCCUGGAAGAUUAAACUGCCACCAAUGAUGGAAAUCAUAACGGCUGAACAGCUGAUGGAAUACUUAGGAGACUACAUUCUUGAUGCAAAACCUAAAGAGAUAUCUGAAAUUCAGCGACUUAAUUAUGAGCAGAAUAUGAGUGAUGCAAUGGCCAUUCUCCAUAAGCUGCAGACGGGUCUGGAUGUCAAUGUGAAGUUCACAGGUGUCCGAGUAUUUGAAUACACACCUGAGUGCAUAGUGUUUGAYCUUCUUGAUAUCCCCUUGUACCAUGGCUGGUUAGUGGACCCUCAGGUUGCUGACAUAGUAAAAGCAGUUGGUAACUGCAGUUACAAUCAGCUGGUGGAGAAGAUCAUUUCUUGUAAACAGUCAGACAACAGUGAACUGGUCAGUGAAGGGUUUGUAGCUGAGCAGUUUCUAAAUAACACAGCUACACAAUUGACAUACCAUGGACUGUGUGAGCUGACUUCAGCUGUCCAGGAGGGAGAGCUUUGUGUGUUCUUCAGAAACAACCAUUUUAGCACCAUGACCAAAUACAAGGGUCAGCUUUACCUGCUGGUGACAGACCAGGGCUUUCUUACAGAAGAGAAGGUUGUGUGGGAAAGCUUACACAAUGUGGAUGGUGAUGGAAAUUUCUGUGACUCUGAAUUCCACCUACGGCCUCCAUCAGACCCUGAAACUGUCUACAGAGGGCAGCAGGAUCAAAUAGAUCAGGAUUAUCUGAUGGCAUUGUCUCUACAACAAGAGCAGCAGAAUCAAGAGAUUAACUGGGAACAGAUCCCAGAAGGACUCAGUGAUCUAGAGCUAGCAAAGAAGCUCCAGGAAGAGGAGGACAGGAGAGCUUCUCAAUACUAUCAGGAACAAGAACAAGCAGCUGCUCAGGUCCAGCAGGUACAAGGUGCUGCCUCUCCAGCCAGCGCAAGACAAUCCGGGAGUAAYGAACGCAAACGCAAAGAGCCUCGAGAGAAGGAGAGGGAGAAAGAGAAGAACAGCUGUGUUCUCUUGUAACAGCAAAUGGAUUCCGUCUGGAGCCAAGUGCGUGUCCUCAGAAGCAAAAACAAGGAGUAAAAAGGAAGACAAACCUGUUACAUGCCGCCUGUGCCUGAUUACCCCAUGGAUUUUGUUCAUGUUCCAAGAGAGGAUGGAUGACUUUGUUACAAUCAGACUGACUUCCUUCAAAGUCAUAGUGCGUGCUGCUCAAGAGGGAAUUCCAAAUCACAGUUGGAUGCGGCUGUGCUUUGAGUUAGUCAUAAGAAAUACUGCACCUUGUAGCUGAACACACAACUCAUGGCAAGUCCUGUGUCAUAGUGACAUCCAUUACUCAUUACAUCAGUUAGUAAGCUAUUUUAUCUUCGACUAAACAAAGGAGGUAAUUCAUUUUGUGUAAGACUUUUUCCUGAAGUCUGUACACGAGCACAAUGAAGUUCUGUGUUACUUCCAUGGUAUGAAACUAUAUCUUAGGCUGGGUAUAGUCUCCACGACACAAGAGCCCAAAUAACAGCUGGGCACUGCCUCCUCAGUGUGUCCAGAUUUCUUUGCUUCUGGAUCUGGUAUGUUCUUUUCUUGAACCCAGAUUUAUACUUGUUACUGCUAUCACUGCAUCUCCUGGCCAGCUUUCUUGCCCCAAGAAUGUGUGACUUGAUAGGCAGCAUACAGAAAUUGUCAUAUAAAAUGGGGCAUUUGUUAAAAAGCAAGAUACCAUUUGCUUUUCUUGCGACAACAAACUGGGUAUGGCAACUCAGAUGUUAUCAGGGUUAAACAAGUAAUUUUAUAGGUAACUUCUUUUUCUUUUAUUACUUUUUUUUUUCUCUUGUAGGUAAACUGGACCAGAUAAGCUUUUAUUUAUUGACCUCUCCAUAUGAUAGAUGAAUGAUGAGAGGGAACUAAAGUCUAUAAUAAUCGUUAUUCUAUAUAAGAAUGCAGAGUUAAAAUAACUAUCUGCCUUUUAUCCAGAAGUACCUUGAACUUUAACAUGACAUUAAUGUGUCCACUUGUAUAUUUAAGCAAGUGUACUGUAGUUAAAAACACACUUUUUUGUUUGUUUUAUAAAUCAUAUAUUCUUAAAAAAGCACACUUCUGAAGGGGGAGAGAGGAGUGAAGCUGCUCUCUGGGAUGGUUUGAAAGGUGGUCAGGUGUUAAUAUUUUGUUUUUUAAAUCACUAAUUUAGAAUUUUUGGAAACCAGAUUUUUCUAAUUUAUGGGAACCAAAUAAACAUGUUGUGUCUUGUAGUA